GCUGGGACGGAGAGCUGUGAUACCUCUCCCCCCAACCAGGACGCCAGCAACGGAAGUCUAUGGUGGAGAUAGUGAAAGACAACCUCGAGGUAGACGUUAAGCAAAUGUCGGCGUACAUAGAAUCGCAGACGACCGAAAUCAAUUCGUUGCGGCAACAGCGUGACACCGAGUUGCAAGAGCACAAAGACGAAACUGAGAAGCUCCAGGCAGAGGUGAAGUCCUUGGAGCGUCAGUUGCUGACGGCUACAUGGAAGAUCGAGUCACAGGAGGCACUCUUGCAGCAACAACAAGAAGAGAUUGAGAGGAAUGAAAAACAGUACGGUAACCUCCCUUGGCAUGGGAGCAACGAGACAGUCAAGGUGAUCGAUGCCGGGACCCAGACAGAUGUGGUUCCACCAGACGAAGGAAGGCUGGUAAGCUUUGCCAAGCAAACAGGCACUUCCGCUGACGUCAGCCUGAGCUUGCAUCAUGGCCGCAAUGAUUUGGACGACCACGAGGCCAAUGACGGCAGCCCCCACCCGCAAGCACCUGUCAUAGAGCUUCUUAAGAAUGAAAAGGUGAUUACCGGCGGCACAGCUGUUGCCAGCCCAGCAAAACCCAAUGUGGCCCCUGAUGGGCCUGAAGAGCUCCCAAAAGUGACAGCUUCUCCAGUGGGAAAUGCGAUCGAGGAUUUGGGCCAGGCAGUUAUCAGCAGGGCUGGGACACAUGAUCCAUCGAUGAUCGGUAUAAUUAGAGAUAACCUAAGAGUGGUGGAUCCAGUGGAAGAUCCGGGCCAUAAUACAUCUUCCAUUGAACAAGAGGAGGAGGUCCAAACAGCCAAAGCACCGGUCAACUCAACGGAGCUCCCAAGCUGGGACACUGCUCCAACGCCAGAGAGAGCGCCUCCUCAUGAACUGCAAUCUGCCAGCAAUGCUUCCGGAAUGCUGUCGCCCAGGAAGGCUCCCAAGGAGCAGCCAUCCACUAUUGCUGCUUCUCCACGCGCCCUUCCUCAAGGAGCACAUGAGACAACAAGUUCAGGCGCUGAAAGAGUACUAGUCGAUGGCAUGCGUGGCAAGACCGAUAUGGUACGGAAAGACAAUGACGCAUGGCUGACUUUGAGCGCCGAAAACAAGAAAAUAAUGGAGUUGAAGGAAACGCGCAGAAGACUCGAGCUUGAGAGUUCAAGGAACCGGGAUCGGGAAGAGAAGCUCGAGGAAAGGAAUGCCAACUUUUUUGCCAAGUACAAAAAACUUUAUACGAUUUCAAAACAGGUACUAGUCAAAGCUUCUUGGCCUUCGUCACACACUACCCACUGGAGUUGAUCAGACGAUUCAUCUCUGAACUUUCUGAAGCAGAUGACUGCAGAGGAUACUUUUUUUUUCUUUUUUUUUCAACUGACGUUUUCAUUAAUAAUUC